AUGUUCAACACGUUUUACAAGACGUUCAUGGUGCGUUUUAUCAUACGAGAAGAAGGGCAGAGAGAGAGCGCGUACUCUUUUUGCGUUUUUUCUUUUAGGAUGAUGAUGUUUUUCUUUCCCGAUUUCCCUUCAUUUUCAACCUCAUCAUCAUCAUCCAUAUUUAUUAACUUUCUUUUCUUUCUCUCUCUCUCUUCAAAAAAAAUAAAGUCGAACACGUCCGUGUACGUGGGCGUGAUCAUCGCCGGCGCUUUAGUCGGGGAGAAAAUGGUCAAUAAAGGGUUCGAUAGCAUGUGGGAAAGUAGGAAUAAAGGGAAAUUGUUCAAGGAUUUAAAGCUGCCUGAAGCAGAGGAGGAGUAA